AUGUAUUAUAUACAUGAAACCACAGCCAAAAACGCCAAUUCAGUUUCAGAAGUGGCCGAAUAUGAUGAAUCGAAUACGCACGACACCCAACAAUCUGAGUUAGAGCAAAUUUGGAUCACUGCGAAAAAGAAAACGGCGCUUCCUGACGAUGUAAAUUUAGAAGAUUAUCUCAGUGCUGAUGACAACGUUUCAACAUGUUAUGAACUAACCGAAGUAGAUAUCAUUCAAUCCAUUAAAGACAGUAAAGAUGAGGCCAUCGAUGAAAGUAGUGAAGAUGAAGAAGCUGUGAUGGGAGAUGUGUGCAAUGUCACUUCAUCAGAAGCCUUAUCAAGUUUGGAAGUUAUGCGAACAUUUAUUUCAUCACAAAGUGAUGUACCAGACUUCAUAUUUACAAACAUUCACCAAAUACAAAAUUAUUUACUUUCUAUUAAAACAACAAACCUUGUUCAAAAAAAAAAAUUGUCGAUUAUCUGUAAUAAAGUUAUUUUCGCAAAUUAUUUACAUUUGAAUUAUUUAUUUGUAUUUAAAAAAUAUAAUGUUUUUAAAUUUUAUUUAUUUGAAUUUUCGAAAUUUCGUUAAAAUGAAAUUUCCGUUAUAACGGAAAAACAAAUCGGUCCCUUGGAGUUCGUUCUAACAGUAAUUUACUGUAUGUGUAUUGUAUAUUUACGAGGGCUAAUCAAAAAGUAUCAAGACUGAUAAUAUCAUUCGGAAAAGGAGCAUCGAAGAACAGUAGGAUUGGUAUCACUUGCUUCUAUGACUUUUUCUGAGUACAUUUGUUUUUAUUGCUUCUCUAUAAAAUUCUUCGAUUUGAUUUCACUGAUAUUUUUGUAAAANAUUUUGUAAUAAACCCAAAAGAAGAGUAACUUGACAGAUUUGGAGAUUUUAGAAAAUUUGUCUGCAUUUUUUUCCAGUUUCAGAGGGAUGCAACAUUUCAUGGUUUUUGCCAUUAAAUGUCAAUUGAAAAACUGAAAAUAUGCCCUCGAGUGGCAGCGAGUUCCGCUUCAUUUGGAUUCAUUACGAAAUCGCCAAACGUGAAAAACAAAUAAUCAAAACGAAGAAGUUUAUAGAGGUUUUAUACGAAUAGAUGUGCUCAGUAUAAGUCAUAGAAGCAAGGUUUACAAAUCUUUUUGCUCUUCAACGCUCGGUUUCCGAGUUAUUAGUCUCGAUACUUUUUGAUUAGCCCUCGUAUAUAAUUUUAAAAUUAAAUAAAAUGAGAAAUCUCCAUUUUUUCCUCAAACCAGAAAAUUAUCGAUGAAGGUCUCCAUAUUGGGGAAAACCCCCCAAAUCUGGCAACGUUGAGUUAUACCAGGUAUAACCAAUCACACGUCUAUUUCACAGAUAAAAUGAUGAAACGAAUGAUAUCGCGUUGGUUGUUGAUGCCGAAUGGAUCUGGCACGGAAUGGAAGGGUGGCGGUAAUAAAGUAGUGACCGCGGCCGAACCAGAUUUUUCCCUGGCCCGCGCCCGCGAUCACACGGUGCGGAGUCGUUGA